AUGACAGGCUUUCAUGGACUUUUUAAAAAAAAUGUUUUAAACAGAUUUGGUUUCAGUGAUGAUUGGAAUGAUUUAAUUUGGAGAAGCAUCUCUAAUGUUUGGUAUUCCAUAAUUAUUAAUGGAACUAGACAUGGUUUCUUCACCUCUUCACAAGGUCUUAAACAAGGCGAUCCUAUUUCUCCUUCCCUGUUUAUUAUUGCUGCUGAGGUUCUCUCUAGGUCCCUUAAUAAUUUGUUAGAUAAUCAGAAUUUCACUCAUUUUUCAGUGUAUAAAAAUGAUCCUCAAAUUACUCAUUUGGCAUAUGCUGAUGAUAUUGUAAUUUUCAGUAGUGGUAACUCUAAAUCUAUAAAGUUAGUUAUGCAGAUUAUUAAGAAAUAUGAGGCUGUUUCUGGUCAAAUGGGUAAGAACAAGUAUCAUUGGACUUCUUGGGAGAAACUGUGCUUUCCAAAAAAUAAGGCUGGUAUUGGUAUUAGAGGGAUGAAUGACAUCUCUAAUACUCUUACUAUGAAAAGAUGGUGGCAUUUCAGAACAAAUAUAAAUGUGACCAGUUCAUUUCUUGGAAGAUUAAUGAAGGAAAUUGUAGUUUCUAGUGGGAUAAUUGGACAGAAAUACAACUACAAAAAGAAAGUCAAGGACUUUGUGGACAAUAAUACCUGGAAUGCUCAGAAACUUUAUAAUACUCUCCCCAGUGAUAUUGCUUUACACAUUAUUUCUAUUGCAUUGGGCCAAAAAGAAAAAAAAAAUUAUGCUAUAUGGAAUAUGACUGAUGAUGGGCACUUUUCUAAUGGCACUGCUUGGAAACUUAUCAGAAAGAAUAGACAGACUAAUGACAUUUUAAACAACAUUUGGCACAAAUCUAUACCUUUCAAACAAUCUUUUAUGUGUUGGAGAAUAUUCUUUGGAAGAGUUCCAAUCAACAAAGUCCUCAUUACUACUAAUUCUCAGAGUCAGAUUGAUUGUAUUUGUUGUUUGAUACCAAAAAAUGAAACUGUUCAACAUGUCUUUGUGGAGGGUAAAGUAGCAGAUUAUAUGUGGAAGGCUAUGGGUAAUCCUCUAGGCAUUACUCAUCAUCAUAUUCCUCUCAGAGGAUUACUUAAUGAAUGGUGGAAAAAGAAGACUAUGAACAAGGUUCACAAACUAGUGCUUCAAGCUGUUCCUAUCAUUGUUUGUUGGGAAAUUUGGAAAGCUUGGUCUGCUUGUAAGUAUGGAGACAACGAUAGUUUCUACUUGUAUAAUAUGGUCACACAAUGCUGGAAUAAACCGCAAGCUGGUAGCAUAAAAAUCAACACUGAUGGGAGUUUUGAUAAAAGAAAUGGAAAGGCUGGAAUAGGAGGUGUGGUCAGAAACGAGAAUGGAGACUUCAUUUUUGCCUUCUCUAUCCCAGUACAAGCUCGAAGUAGCAAUCAAGCUGAAGCCAUUGCUGCAAGAUUUGGAGUUGAUUGGUGUAUUCAACAUGGUCACUCUAACAUUCAGUUGGAACUGGACUCUCUUCUUGUCACAAAUAUGCUCAUUCAAAAAGGUACUAACAAUCUGAAGCUCAAGGAAACCAUCAGCUGUACUGCCAAGAUGCUCAGUAACCAUGCUGCUCAAGUUUCUCACUGCUAUAGAGAGGCUAACCGUGUAGCUGAUUUUCUAGCAAAGAUGUCUACAUCAAGUGGAAAUAGGACCUUAUAUCACUCUCUACACGAUCUUCCUAGAGAGGCAAAGGGAUUACUUCAACUUGAUAAUUGGCAAAUUCCAACAUUUAGAAGAAAGUAUGAGAAAUGUAAUUUUUUUGUUAGUUAA